AUAUAUAUAUUUCACCUCUAAGUCAUCGAAUUUUCUAGGUCAUAACAUUUGUGUCAGUCUCUGCGGUCCUAUAGCUAUCAGAGAUGGUCCCUAAUUUAGAGAAUAUCCAAUCCUAUAAAUGCUUUUGCUUUUACUAAAGGCUAUGGCAGCUUUUGUUUUACAGUCCACCCAAUUAAAAAGUGCUCAUUCCUUCCCAUAACAUUGUUUCUAGGUUACCAGCAUAUAAGAUAUACAUGCACAAUAAUAACUUUACAAAAAUGAUCUGCUAACUUGCUGUGUGUGUUGGCUUCUAUGGUCAUCUUUUGUCUGUGUUAGCUAAUUGCACUGUUUAUUGUGCUGCACAUGUUCUUCUGUUCCACUGUAUGCCAUUUUGAUGUUCUAUUAUGACUAAGAAAAAAAGAUCUGAAUUUAACAAAUAACACACAGGCCUAUUUUUUUCAAUAUCCUACUACAAUUUACCAGGAUUGACAAAAUCCUAUUUUUAUCGCAUUUAUUUUAAUCACUAAUUAGUCAAACAUGAUUGCACCUGAAUUUGAUCCUGAAAAUAUGACUAUAAUAUUUUCCCUUAAAGCUUUUAAGCAAUUAACAUAAUGCAGGCAGUAAUUGUAUUUUAAUUUCAGUGGCUAAAUAAGGAGGUAGGCAUAUCAGUUCCAGCUGAAACUUGGAUUGGAAUCUGUGCUUCAUGUGCAGCAAUAGAUCUCUCCGCGCAGCAGGCAGCCUGCUUGCUUCAGCAUCAACAUUCCAUAAGGCCGUUGGGACAGAGCACCGGGCAGGCUACACAACAACACAGCUGGAAAAGAAUGACAGUUUCUCAAUGUACACCAAAAAUAUAUAUAUUUGACUGCUAAGUGGUAGUCCCUGUUCUCCGGCAUUCUUGCGGUGGUUUGUUAGGGAAAAGAACGUCAAGGAAAGGUUCGCUAGCUAGCUAACUUUAUCUCUCUGGCUAACCCUCCGUUGACAUGGUAAGUUUUCAUUUUGAUAAAUGUUUAGUCAAUGACAGUAAAUGUGCGUGUAUGUGUGUUCUCUCUCUGUGUGUGUGUGUUCUCUCUCUCUCUGUGUGUGUGAGUGUGAGUGUGAGAGAGAGAGAGAGAGAGAGAGAGAGAGAGAGAGAGAGAGAGAGAGAGGGGGUUGAUGAGUACACAUAUAAGAAACAUUGAUUGCGUGUGUGAGACACUGUAAGCUAGUCUAAUUCUUGAAAUGUGUACCCCCCCAUAUGGAUUUUAAAAAAUUCUUGAUUCAUCAGAGUUCCUUGUAUUUUUUUGUAUUUGACAAUAGGAUACAUUUUGCUAUACCUGCUCCCCCUCAACACUCAUUCACACGUUGCACCUGUCAACUGCCUUUUUCAAUUUUUGAUUCUCUUUUUUUUUGCAGGAAUCUUCCCACUGGGCACACACUAGUUGAAUCAAUGUUUCCACAUCUUUGAAAUGAAAUUACGUUGAACCAGCGUGAGCUAGACGUUGGAUUAACGUCUGCUCCCAGUGGGGUCCAGCUUGGAUGGAAGGGUAGAGGUGGUAACAAAGGAAAGAAGUACAGAAGUUACCCAGCCUGCUGACUAAGACAUUUAAAUAGCCUAUCUCUCGCUCUCCAUCUGUCUGCCUGACUGCCAGAUUGCUGAGGGGCAACAUAGUCAAUGUACUUGCUAGGCUAACUUAGUGAAGACCUUAGGCAAUGGUUAAUCAUGAUUUGUCUCUGUCUUUAAAGUUCCUGAAACAUGUCAAUGACGUUAUGCACGGCUUCUACACCAGUGCUUGGCCACACACUCAGUUACCAGUGACCUAUUCUACUACAUCCCAGGGAUAGGAGAGAGCAGACCAACCCGUCUUUAAAUCUAUAAUCAUUGACAGUUUUGUGUGGAAAAUGUUGUUUUUGUCUAUUUGAUACUCUGAUAUUCAAUGUGAAUUGAUUCCUACUAAUCAGCUUUGUAAGAGCUAGGUUUGUACUAGCUAUGCUGAUGAUCGUUAACAUUUUUUCAUUAAAUCACUGAGACUGGAUUCCCCAAGAGACAUGCUAUUCAGCUGCCCAUGAUUGCCUGAGUGCAAAACCGUUGUUCUGAUUCAAGAGAUACCUACCUCCCUUGAUUGAUGACCAAUGAAUUAAUGUUCCACUUCAAUAUAAGGGCCAGAGGAGCAAGCAUGCCUUUGCUACCACUAGUGUGUGCUCUUCAUUGUAGUUGUUUGUGGUGACCAUGUUCUGGGCCCUAUACUUGUAUGACAGAGACCUGGUGUACCCCAGACUUCUGGACAACUUCAUACCCCAGUGGCUCAACCAUGGCAUGCACACCACCGUCCUCCCCUUCAUCAUCAUUGAGAUGAGGACCACGCACCACCAGUAUCCCAGCAGGCCUUGUGGACUGAUAGCUGUGUGCAGCUUCGCUGUGGGAUAUGUUCUAUGGAUGUGCUGGGUGCAUCAUGUGACCGGCGUGUGGGUCUACCCCCUGUUGGAGCAGAUCAGUCCCCUGGCGAAGGUGGCCUUCUUCUCCUGCCUCACUGUCCUGAUUAACAUCUACUACGUCCUGGGAGAGGUCCUCAACAGCUACAUCUGGGACGGCUCCAAAUGUGUUAUAGACACAGACAAGGCUAAAGCUGACUGAAGGCCAUUGCGGAGUAGGAACACUGCAUUGUGGGUCGCUGCAAAGACAGGCCCAAUCCCAACCCGGACAGCAUAAUAACAACCUCUAUGUAAAUAAAUUAUUUAAAAAAUAUGUGGGAAUAUGAUCAGAUUUUUUUCUCUUUUGAAAAUAUCCUUUUGGGCUUUUAAAGUGCUGAGUCCUCCUCUUGAAGUUGUUGGACUGUAGCUAAGACCUGAGAUGCCUGUUUCCCGUCAAUGACAAGGUGGGAUAUGAAUUCACCACUUUGCUAUGGACUAGGAGGCAUUACGAUGACAUUACAUUUACUCACGUAUUAGUAUUUACUAUUUAAUCAUCCUGUUUAUCCAUCUCUACGACUCAAGUAUUAUCUGAACACCGAGUAUACUGCAUUAAAUGGAAUGAACUUAUUGCUAUGGGUGUGAUAUUAAUCUUAAGAUGCUUAGGCACUCCGGCAGAGUUAGCAAAAGCCAUGUAUCAGGAUUAGCUUUCUCUUCUUUUUCUCCCUUUUCACUGGAGAGCUUUCUAGCGAGGGCAUGUCGCCUACAGAGUGGCAUGAAUGACAGCCUUUUCCUGGUUGUGUAGUGUCUAACAGCUGUACCAUAGAAUGUUAUUUUCUAGGACAGCCAGACUUGUGAGCUCCACUGUUCAAAAUUACCCUUUCUUGUUUUUAUGUUUUUGUAAAAAGGGAUGACAGCGUUUGACUCUUGAAGUGUGUAUGGUCUUUCAAUAAAAAGGUGUUAAGUUAUUUCGAGCGAGUCAGAUGUGUGUGUGUGUGUGUGUCAGUCAGAGUCUCACUACAGCUCUUCUCUUCAAUUAAAAAGAAAA